CGAAGAUUCCCGAGCCCCCGAAGGCGCACAAAGGCGGCAUCGUCGUCGUCGUCGUUACGGGGAAAGUCUUUCUCCCCCUUUUCUCUCUUUUUCUCCAGAUGGCCGCCGCGCUGCGUAGCCGUCGGCUUCCAUGAGCUGCUCCAAACAAAAAUAAAGGAGGAUUUUCACAUAUAAAGGAACACUUUGCGGCAUCCUCGUUUGUUUAACGUGAAGACACGACGAUAAGCCUGCGUGUUGAAGAUGAGAGGGAUGGCGUGUGUGUUGCUUAGCAACCUGCUCUGCACGGCUGCAUCGGCGUCCUUUAAAGUCAAGGAAGAGCACAAGACAGCUUUCUUCGGCGAAGAUAUCCACCUCGAAAUCCCGCCGGGCGACGUCGGCUCGGUGGUCUUCCGUCCCAAGACCAAUGCGAGCGCCGAGGUACCUCUCCUCUGGGCGGGGAAAGUGCUGCACCAACGAGCCCGAGUCAAUUCCCACGGCCACCUAGUGCUGGAUGAUGUGCAGGAGGAGGACGAGGGAGUCUACGUGGUCAGCAGGGAUGGCGAAGUGCUCCGACGGCUCACCCUUGACGUCAGAGACUGCGCUGUGGAGGAGGUGGUCAAGUAUGGAGACACUUACUACAUCCACUUGAACCAAGUGCAAGGUCCAAUCAGCUUGGAGUUCAGGCCCGGUUCUAUCCCGCACGGCAACCGCUCGGACCCCCUGCACGCUACUGAGGCGCCGGCAGCGCUACUCUUCCGCCACACGUUGGUUCUAGCAGACAGUUACGCCGGACGCCUGAGCGUGACUGACAAGACGGUGGCGCUGCACUCGGUCAAGAUGGCCGACGAGGGCAGUUUUACCGUGCGCGACCAUGAGGGCAAAGUGAGGAGGAGGAACUGUCUUCAUGUGCGAGAACACCAGGAUUUUUUGCACCCCUCCAACGGAGCCAAUAUGAAGGUGAAACUCUACUUGCACCACGAAGAAGUCAACGUAGCUUACAGGCCCAAAUCGGGUCACCGUGACCGAGCAAUCCUGGAACGAGGCGUUCUAGUGACGCCGCCGGACCCCCAGCUGGCGUACCGCCUGAGCGUGGAGGGAUCCGAGUUGCUGAUCAGAAAGGUGCGAUUAUCCGAUGAGGGAGUCUUCAAAAUCACCGAUCUGGCGGGAUUCCCGGUGGCCCACGUCUAUGUAGACGUGGUUGACUCCAAGAUGCCACCGCUGACGGUGGCCAUUUUGUCGCUGCUGAGUGUGCUGGCUUUCAUGCUGGUGGCGUGCCUGCUGUCCUGCCUCGACAAAGUCCACAAGAGGAAUGAGAAGAACAAGAAGCUGCUGCUGCUCGCCCAGCAGGCUGGAAAGGGUGACGGGGAAGCCUUUCGGCAGGUGGUCCACGAGGCGUACAGCAGGUUUACCGAAGAAUCGCUUACACAGUCCGUGUGCGAAAAACCCACUGAAGACACUGAAGUCACCAUCAAGGGCCUGGAAGUGUCCAAACCAGGCGGGUAUCAGGCACUCACGUCAGACGCCAACUUCCUGGAGAUGAGUGACUCCGGGAUGGACUCCGGCCUCCCGCUGGACAGCGACACGGAAGCCGCCAUGACCUGCGCUUCCCACAAGCCCCUCCUUGACGGUCGCUUUCCGAGUCCCACGCCCGAGCACGACUGUGAGGCCAUGCCGGUGCCGGACAGGGACGCCCAUUGCCUUUCCGAUCCACCCGCUGGCGAUGAGACUGCGGCUGAGGAUGGAGAAUUGAAGGAGGACGUGACGCAGAGCACCUGAGAGCUGUCAUUGCCAGAAUUCACAUCUUUACGGGAAGCACAAUCCCAAAUUAGGACAUCAGUGUCAAUUAAAAGGAUUCUCAAACAUUUCAGGGCCAGGUACCCUUUACAUGUGAAUAUAUUUUUCCAGUAUUUUCUUCAUGUUCCAAAUGCUAGUUAAAAAUAAUACUUUUUAGAUUUUUUUUAAAAAACAUUAAAUAAUCAUCCCAUUUCUAGGAGCAAUAUAAUUUUAAUCGUGAUUAAUAAGUAAGUUGAGAAGAAUCACAUUCUGUAAAAAGAUUAAUUGAAAAGUAAUAAUUAAUACUUUUAUUUUAAAUGUCCUGCUAUCAUGAAGAAAUAAUAAUCUAUAUUGACUAUAAUUUUAUGAGAGACCAAACACAAACAGUCUACAUUGUAGUCAUAACUAGAGUUGUCCAAUAAUGACAUUUUAACCAAUAUUCCGAUGUUGUUCAGUUCUAAAAAUCCGAUACUGAUAUAAAAUCGAUACCGAUAUACAGUACAGCCCAAAAGUUUGGACACACCUCAUUCAUUGUAACACAAAUGAAGGUCCCGACUCCAUUGAUAAAGCAAUAAAUUCCACUAAUCAACCCUGAAAAGGCAUACCUGUGAAGUCAAAAAACAGUUAUAGUUAUUCCACCUUUUUUGCUAAGUACAUAAUCCCACACGUGUUCAUUCAUAGUUUUAUUACCAUCAGUGAGAAUUUACAAUGUAAAUAGUCAUGUAAAUAGAGAAUACGCACGAAUGAGAAGGUGUGUCCAAACUUUUAGCUUGUACUAUAUGCGGUCCUGGACUUAACAAAUGAUGACCAGUGUUGUUAAACUUACUUUAAAAAAGUAAUUAGUAACAUUUGCAAAUGACUUCUCCCAAAAAGUAAUUGAGUUAGUAACAACUCAGUUACCUCAUUGAAAGAGUAAUUAGCUUGUUACCUUAUUGAAAGAGUAAUUAGCUACUCAGCAAAGUAGCUGACAUUACUUUUCAUCUUCAACACGUUAUUACAUUUUACAUUCCAUUACAUCUUUCACAUACGUUCAUAUUAACUGAUUGAAGAAUAAAAACACUAUAUACAUUAUUUUAGAACAUUUGCUAUUUAUUUGGAUUAACUAAUUCUGCCUGUUAAGAAAACACAAAUGGUAACUGAUCAUUAACCAAUGCAAAUCUCUGAAACUGUAUGUCAGGCCAUAGACCCCGCUAUCAGUUGAUAGGACACGGGGCUCGGGGCCGAUCCGUUGGGGGCCUAUUUUCAAAAACUAAAAAUUCAAAUAUUUUCAAAACCAAGACUGCUAGCGUCCUAAAACCAAGACAGACACCUCCCUUCUGCAUAUACAGUAUAAGUCUCCAUGAGCAGCGAUGUCAAAAAAAAAUUCAAAGUCGGUCCCUAAUAAAAUCCCGAUUAUUUUUUUUGUACAACUAAACUUAAAAUUGCUAUAAAAUUCUCAAAUUUUACGCUACAUACAAAAAAAAAAUCACCAAAUGCAGAGGUAAUGACCUACAUUUUCAGGAUCAAUAGCAAUAUUUAACAUGUCGUAUAAGUUUGCUCAAAAUGGCAACUGACAUUUUU